AUGCCAACUAAUCUCAUUGACCACAGCUUUUUCUUUACGCCUCUUGAGAGGGACCGCAUCGCUCAUGCGGAGACGUUCGUUGACACACGCCCAAAUAGCCUUGUCACGGUGAUCUUUUACCCACUCUGGCUGGCAAUGAGUCGACACGUGGUGCCUGAGAUGGUGGCCCCCAACGCCAUCACACUCGUAGGCUUGGUAAGCUCUAUGCAAUCUUACCAAAUUAUUGGCAAACAGUACCAUGUAGGGAAAGAUAAUUUAGAUAACCUACAAGACCAGAGUCCUAUCUUACUGUCGUGUUUAUUAUGCAUUGUGUCCCUUGUAUGCGGCUCGUUGGAUGGGGUUCACGCAAAGCACUUUCGAUCUGCAACUUCGCUGGGUGACAUUUUUGCCCGUGUAUGUAGUAGUAUUUCACGUAUAUUUUUUGCUUUGACACUCAUGGAGGCCUUCAAUGUAAGAGAUCUUCAUACGGAAUGGUAUUUGCUUAUGGCGCUGCAGCUGGUAGAGUUUAACACGGUGCUUAGUCGUAUCAAUGCAGAUAACCUAAAGCGGGAGAAGGCGAAGAACCUUGCGUAUCAUCUAACGUAUUGUUUUCGUGACUCGGAGUUGUCCUUAUUGAUCUUAUGUGCCUUAAUUGUCCGUCUUGUUCAUCCAGACACAGGAUUUUAUUUGCUAUUCACUUCCAAUUUUCCAAAAUACGGGUUUUUGAUAUUGGUGGUGUUAAGCUUUUUGAAUGUGGCACUACUGAAAAUGAAGCGUAAGUACAAGAGUGGGAUAGCGCUUUGUCUGCUUGCUCGUUUUGUGCCUGUGUACAAGUUGUUUCCGCUGUAUCAUCACAGCACUCUCAGCGUUAUUAGUGGGGCUUUGGUGAUUGCGCUUCUUUCAAUAGAGGUGCACGUCAGCAACGUUGCCAUGCGUCGUGUACAUGCCGCUGUUUUGUUUAUUUGUAUUGGUUCUGUGUUUAAUGACCUUUUUUCCAUUGUUGCCUCCGUUUUGUACAUAAUUGGGAUGCUGGUGGAUCUUUCCUACUCCACUCGUAUUCCGCUAUUUGUACCGGUGAAGAACGUCUUUUGCGAUGGUGUCUUUGACUUGUGUCAUGCGGGGCACAAAAGCUUUAUGCAGAAGGCAUUGCGUCACGGAAACCGUCUUAUUGUUGGCGUCUGCGGGGACGAGGAUUGUGAAAAUUAUAAGCGACGCCCCAUCAUGACAACGGAGGAACGCGUCAAUGAGGUGCAGCUGUGCAAGUUUGUCUCGCAGGUUAUCCCCAACAGUCCGGUCACAGGUGUGACGGCGGAGAUGAUCAAGCGGUACAACAUUCACGUUGUUGUGUGCGGCACAGAGUACGAUAGACCUGAUGACACCUUUUACACCAUUCCACGACAACUUGGAAUUCUGCGAACCGCCCCCCGCACCGAGGGCAUCUCCACAAGCGUGUUGAUUGCUCGUAUUCGGGCGGCCACCGACGCUGAUGUUGCGGCAAAAGAUAAGUUGUCAGGGGCCUCCGUUGUGAAGGAGGGAUCGUAA